AUGGAAUUCAUUUCCCCAACAGUGAUUAUAAUCUUAGGUUGUGUUGCUGUUUUAUUAUUUCUUCAGUGGAAGAACUUGCGUAGACCCCCGUGCAUAUCGGGCUGGAUUCCUUGGAUUGGAGCUGGUUUUGAGUUUGGAAAAACCCCUCUAGAAUUUAUAGAGAAAGCAAGAAUCAAGUAUGGACCAGUAUUUACAGUCAUUGUUAUGGGCACCCGAAUGACCUUUGUUACUGAAGAAGAGGGAAUUAAUGUGUUUCUCAAAUCCAAAGAAGUAAAUUUUGAACUAGCAGUGCAAAAUCCCAUCUAUCGUACAGCAUCCAUCGCAAAGAAUAUCUUUUUAAAACUGCAUGAGAAACUUUAUAUCACGGUGAAAGGGAAAAUGGGGACUUUAAACCUAUACAAAUUCACUGGACAAUUGACUGAAGAAUUACAGGAACAGUUGCAGAAUUUAGGUACUCAUGGGACCACAGACCUGAACAAGUUUAUGAGGCACCUCCUUUACCCCGUCACAGUGAACAUACUCUUUAAAAAGGGUCUGUUUCCCUCAGAUGAGAGGAAAAUCAGGGAGUUUCAUCAGCACUUUCAAGCUUAUGAUGAAGGUUUCGAAUAUGGGUCCCAGUUGCCAGAAUGCCUCCUCAGAAACUGGUCAAAAUCCAAAAAAUGGCUUCUAGAACUUUUUGAGAAAAACAUUCCGGAUAUAAAAACAUACAAAUCUGCAAAAGAUAAUUCCCUG